CGGCAUAAUGGGAACUAUCCUCUCGAAGGUAUAACCUUCUUCUCUUCUAGCGAGGGCCCUAUAAGUACCGAUUCCCAUAAACUAAACAACAUUUACAGUAUCCACCAUAGCAUCUUCACAGUUCUGAACGAGACGAGAGAGAGAGAGAGAAGAGAAGUAACAGCACACUGUGGUCACUAUCAGCAUUCGACGGACCUCUUCUCUGCGUUACACCGAUCAGUACUCUCCAUGGGUUUCUCACUGCAAAAGCCCACCGGAACGGAGGGCAGAACGUGGCCGGCCAUUCUGAUUAGUGGUUUCGUCGCGUUCGGCGGAAUUUUAUUCGGGUAUGACACCGGCACAAUCAGCGGCAUUCUGGCCAUGCCGUACUGGGCCGAGACUUUCUCAACGGGCUACAGAGACAGUACCGGCCAGCUGAACGUCACGGCCAGCCAGUCUGCUGCGAUAGUGUCUAUCCUUUCCGCGGGGACGUUCUUUGGUUCGCUGGGUGCUGCGCCCAUGGGUGACUUCAUCGGCCGCCGUUGGGGACUGAUUGCGUCCAAUGGCGUCUUUGUCGUGGGUGUCGUAUUGCAGACCGCCGCAACUUCCAUUCCACCCUUCCUUGCUGGUCGAUUCCUGGCUGGGUUUGGGGUUGGACUGAUAUCUGCUUUAGUCCCGCUCUAUCAGUCUGAGACGGCUCCCAAAUGGAUCCGUGGGUUUAUCGUGGGUUCCUAUCAGUGGGCAAUUACCAUCGGUCUACUGUUGGCCUCGGUGGUCAACAAUGCCACUCAUAUGCGGGACGAUUCCGGGUCCUACCGCAUUCCGAUUGCCGUUCAGUUUGCCUGGUCCAUUAUCCUGGUCGGCGGAGUCUUGAUCCUGCCCGAGACCCCUCGGUACCUGAUCAAGAAUGGUAAGAGGGAAGCCGCCACGAAAAGCCUCGCCAGACUGCGUCGUUUGCCCGGGGACAAUGCUGCAGUCCAGACCGAGUUGGCCGAGAUCCAGGCCAACCACGACUAUGAGACCAGUCUCGGGGGCUCAAGCUAUAUUGACUGCUUCCGGGGGAAUGUCGGGAUACGCCUUCUGACAGGCUGCCUGCUGCAGGGGCUGCAGCAGCUUACGGGUAUUAACUUCAUCAUUUACUACGGCACGCAGUUUUUCAAGAACUCGGGCUACGACAAUGAAUUCGUGAUCAACCUGAUCAUCAACUGCGUCAACGUUGGCUCUACUAUCCCGGGUCUCUAUGCCAUUGACAAGUGGGGUCGGCGUCCAGUGUUACUGGCGGGCGCGGUUGGGAUGUUCGUUUCGCAGCUACUGGUGGCUAUUCUCGGGACUACCACCACUGGACAGGAUAGUAUGGGUAAUAUUAUCGUGCAUAAUGAUGGGGCACAGAAAGCAGCAAUUGCCUUCAUCUGUCUCUUCAUAUUCUUCUUCGCUGCUUCAUGGGGCCCAGUCGCGUGGGUCGUUACCGGAGAGAUAUUCCCCCUUAAAAUCAGAGCCAAAUCUCUAUCGAUGACUACUGCCACCAACUGGAUCAUCAAUUGGGCAUUGGGAUACUCCACGCCUUAUCUCGUCAACUAUGGCCCCGGAAACGCAAACCUGCAGUCCAAGAUCUUCUUUAUUUGGUCCGGCUGCUGUUUCCUCUGCAUAGUGUUUGUCUAUUUCAUGAUCUAUGAAACCAAGGGUUUGACUCUAGAGGAGGUGGAUGAGCUCUAUAGCGAAGUCAAGUCGGCACGGCAUAGUGUUGGUUGGACCCCAAGCAUCACUUUCACGCAGAUACGAGAUGCGAGUUCAGCGAAGAAUAGCGAGAAGUGUGUGACAGGGGAACACGAAGAGAAAAUAUGA